AUGUCAAAUUCACCCAAGCGACAAAAGAUUGAAGAGCAAGAAAAUGAAUUUUUCUCAAAUCCGAUUUUCAAAAAAGGAGCAGUUUUGAAGUGUAAAUUUGAAAAUAUGAAAGGCUGGGAUGGAAGUUUGAAAUAUAGUGAUGUUUUGCAAAUCGAUCGAUUUAAAUGGUAAUUUAUUAAUUUUCCUAAUUAAUUAAUCAAUUAUCUCUUAUUCCUCCAGGAAACUUUGUGUUCGUCGAAUGAAACAACGUUUCGAUGAGCCAUCAAAAGGCAGUGUAUUUCUGGAGUUUCGUUUGAAGUUUGUGCAAUCACAAAAAACACCAAAAGCUUGGCUUUGUAAAAUCGAUGGAAAUUAUCGGAUUUUACGAAAAGAUGCGGAGGAUUUUGUGAUGAAAUUCUCGCCGAAAACUUGUUUCAAUCAUUAUUAUAAAGAGAAUUUCACCAAUUUGUUGGGCGAUUGGACAGAUUUUGAGAAAUUGGGAUUUUUGAAAGAUGAUUGUUUGGAAAUUGAGGCACAUUUUGAUGUAUUUUAUUAUGAUUUUAAUAGGUAAGUUUUUUUUUUGGUCAAAAAAUCUUGAAAAUUCCUCAUUUUUCAAAUAUUGCUCAUGUUAAACAUGAAUAGAAGUUACUUGAAUUCAAUUACUAUUUUUAAAAUGAGCGAUGCUCAGAAUUUUGAAGAAAGUCGGGAUUUUUCAAAACCCGAAAAAUUUAGGUUUCGAAAAAAUAAUAAUUUUUCGCGGGCUUUCAAUAUUUUUGAUUUUUUUCUUUACACCAUUGGUAAAAAUUCGAAAAUUUAAAAUAUGAGCAAUGCUCAAAUUUUUAGUUUUCUACAGAAUUUUGAGCUGUAAACCAUUCACAAAUAUAUACGAAAACCCUUCAUUUUUGAGCCAUUGCUCAUGUUAGAGAUGAACAUUUUCACUUUUUUUUGUUGAAAAUCCAAAAAAGUUCACUGGAUGGAAAAAUUUGGGAGUAUUUUUAACAUGAGCAAUGCUCAGAAUUUCGAAGAAAGUCUUCAUUUUUCAAAACCCGAAAAAUUUAGGUUUCAAAAAAAUAAUAAUUUUUCGCGGGGUUUCAUGAUAAUAAUGCAUUACACAUUUUGUAAACAUUAGAAAUUUUUUAAUAUGAGCAAUGCUCAAAUUUUUAGUUUUCUACAGAAUUUUGAGCUGUAAACCAUUCACAAAUAUAUGUUAAAAUUUGCAGAAAAAUCUCGAAAAACCUUUCAUUUUGAGCCAUUGCUCAUGUUAGAUAUGAACAUUUUCAAAUUUUUUUUGUUGAAAAUCCAAAAAAAUUCACUGGAAUGUAAAAUUUGGAAGUAUUUUUAACAUGAGCAAUGCUCCGAAUUUCGAAGAAAGUCUUCAUUUUUCAAAACCCGAAAAAUUUAGGUUUCAAAAAAAUUAUAAUUUUUCGCGGGUUUUCAAUGUUUUUGAUAGAUUUUUAUAGAACUUCUUUAACAUGAAAAAAAUAGAAAAAUUUUAACAUGAGCAAUGCUCUUUUGCACAGAAUUUUAUUUUCAAUUGAAAAAUUUACUGUUUCAAAAAUAGUCUUAGACUUUCCUUUUAAACCAUUGCUCAUGAAAUGUUUUUUCUAGGAAAAUAUCGAAUUUCACGAAUAUUUCAAUUUCUGAUGCGAGCGAUGUUUCCGAAGAUGUCGCGAUUUUUCACUUCAAUCGCGAAAUUCUAUGCAAUAAUUCGAAAUUCAUUCAAAAAUUCCUAUCCGAACAAAAAACUGAACCGCCAUCAGUUCGACUAAAAGGCUGUGAAGAUUAUAAAUUGGCUCAUUUCCUGGCGACAAUGUGCUCGAUUCCUUUGGAAGUUCGAGAGGAGAAUUAUGAGUUUUUGCUGAAAUUGGCUGGAAAAUUUGAUGUUCCCGCGUUGCGGUAUAAAUGUGAACAGUUUUCGAUGAAUCGAGGAAAUGGAGGAGAGAAAUUUGAAAAUGCUACGAUUUCUGUGAAGGUUGGGGUUUAUGGGCGGGAAAUUGGUGGUUAAAGACACGUAGAAAACUAGAAAUCGUUCAAAAAUCAUUAUUUGAAUGUUUUUUAUCAUCCUUCAAAUAGUGGAAGUACAUAAACAAAAUUGAAAAAUAUUGAGUUUAGCGAAAGUCAAAAAAAGAAAUUGCCUUUUUUGAAAUCGCUCAGCCGACGCGAAAUUUGGUGUUUGCACAAAUGUUCGUGAUUUGCCGCACAUGUGUGCAUUCUUAGCAUACCGUACCACCAAUUUUUAUUUCUUUUUUCAAACGAACAACACACAACUUUGAAAAAAGGCGCGCGUUCAAAUUUUGAAGAUUACGGACACACAUUUCUAGUUUUCUAUGUGUCUUUAAAAAAAUUUCUUGAAUUUUUUAUGACAAAAAUUGUUCUGAAAUACAAAUUUUUGAAAAUUUCGAAAUCAGAAAUUUAAUUUUCAGAGAUUUUGUUAAAUUUUUAGAAAAAAUUGAAGGUAAAACUCUCAAUUUCUUGAAAAAUUUGGUUUAAAAAAUUAAAGCUAGUUGCCACGCGGCUGAAAAUUGAUUUUUUUUUCAGAAAUUCCUAAUUGCCACGUGGCAAACCCUAAAAUGUCAAUUUUCAGCAACUCUCUCCACCUCAAUCGAUUCCAAAAUCAAUAACUCCAUUCAAACCGAAUCCAAUUGUGAAAAAAGGGAAUAUUUUACGAUGGCAAGUGGAUAAUAUAAAUGAAUGGGACGGCAAAAUUCGAUAUAGUGAUAAAUUGUACACAGAUGAUGUUGUAUGGAAAAUUGGAAGCAGUUUGACUGAUUGUUUUCUGUCUGUUGAAUUAUUGGUUGAAUCUGUGUCGAAAAAUAUUAAUGGAAAUCAAUGGUUGAUUAAAGGUUCGGCGUUUUUCGGGGGCGAAAUUUGAUUUUUUUUUGAAACGUAGAUUUUUUUCUGUAAAAAACAUAUUUUUUUAUAUAGAUUAAGUAGUGCCAAAACAUUUCAGCUUAAAAAAGUUUGACACAUAAAUUUUUCCACGUGGAUAUAUUUCUUUCUAUCAGUGAAUUUCAUAAUUUUAACAUGAGCAAUGCUUUUAAAAUUAGAUUUUCUCAAACUUUUGGGGAAAACCUCUAAUUUUGAACCAUUUUCAUUCUGAACAUUUAUUGUUUCAAAAAAAAACAAUUUUUAAAUUUUCUUGAAAUUCAAAAUUUCGCCAAAAAAUCUAAUUUUGAACUUAAAACCUCUCAAAUUUUGACGCUGACAAUGAAAUUUUUGAAUUCAAAAUUCCCAAAAAUAUAUGUUCAAUUUACAGUUGACGGACGAAUUCGAAUGCUAAACCAUAAAAAUCCGAGCAAUGAUUAUGUCGUAAAAUUGGUGCCACGAAACAAUUUACACUCGGGAAUGCUCAAAUUUGGAUGCGGAAAAUUCAAAAUGACUGAACAUUUGGCCGAAAAUCGAUAUGUGAAGGAGAAUUCGAUUAUUUUUGAGAUUGAUAUCGAUUAUACUUUUUAUGAUUUUUCCACGAAACUUUGCGAUACUUCAAAUAUUACACUGAAUGUCAAGGAUUGUGUUUUUCAUUUUAAUAAGGAUGUGAGUUUUGUUUUGGGCUCGAAAAAAUUUGAAUUUGAAAAUUCAAAAAAUGUUUCAGAUUUUAUGCACACACUCGCAAUUUUUCUACGAUAAACUCUACAAAAAUUCCGAAAAAUCAGAAGAUCAAAAAAUCCUCGUCGAAAACACGGAACCCCAUCAUUUUCUCCAAUUUCUCGCCACAAUGUGUCCAGUUCCAAUUGCAGUAUCAGAAGCGAAUUUCGUGCAACUCGCAACUCUCGCAAAUCGAUUUUUGGUUUCAUCUUUGCAAUCGAAUUGUGAAAGUUUUCUGAUUGAAUGUUGUGGAAUUCCAAUUUCGAAAAAGAUUUGUUAUGCAGAAAGUUUUGAAUUCGAAGAAUUGAUGAAAAAUUGUCUAGAUUGUUUUAAGACUACAAUCGAAUUGAAGGAAUUUGUGAGCUCGGAACAUUUUCCAAAACUUAAGGAUCCGACCAAAAUUCGAGUUUUGCUAUGUUUUAUGCGUUUUCCAUGA